AUGCUCAGCGCAAGCUGGCUAAACGAAGCCAUGACGUCGGAGUUUGCUUGCUCAAUUAGGCAAUGGCCGAUCAUCUCAACGUCGAGUCGUCGACAAUUCGUGGCUGUGCGACCCGACGCUUCACAACGACGGCCGGGCGGGAUGCACAGCCACCCCGCCGAAUGGAUAUUGCGGGAUCAUAUGUCGUCUUGUUUCCUGGCACGACCGCGUCUCUCUCUCGCUCUUGCAACUGGCAAUCCUCGCGAAGCUGACGUGCGCUCAGCCCGUCGUUUCGUUGAACAUCAAUGCCCGCGCCGUCGCAACCUCCGUCCGGUGACCGGCCGGCGGACGGCUCCCCGCCCAACCAAUGGAGGCGAGUCCAAGACUAAGAGGCGGUGGUGGGCCCACACCGCGAGAACGUCUGCGGGCUUUUCCUGGACUUUUGUCGCAUCGAAUCCAUUAGGUGUUGCUAGGUUGGCGCAGGCUGGUGCUGAUCAGGGCCAAGCCGGGAGGUGCAUUAGUCGCCGUUUUCGAAGCGAGGAGGAGGGUGGAGGGCGCAUGGUGAAGUCUGGGGGGAGCUCAAGUUUGGUGACUCCUUACAUUAUACCGCACGUUACGAAGGGGGCAGGCACAGGCACAGGCACAGGCACAGGUAUAGCACUCUUUGUUGCUGCACUCCUCUUGACACCUGCCACUCCCAUACACCCGCCUACAGUACAGCACGCAGUCAAUAUCCCUGACAGCCGAAUCAGAGCGUCACGGUCAGACCCCGUAGAGCACAGGCCGGCACGCCGUGCUUGCAUCACAGCCCAGGAUCCAAGGUGGCAGUGCUCACGGCGUGGACCCUGUUGGAGCUCCCCCUUUGCCGCACCCCCCAGGGCGGGGAUCGGCUACACGGCAAAGCCGCGAAGAACUGGGUCCGUCUCUGACACGCUAAUCGGCAAUCGUCUUCCGGGCUCAGCCAACGACCUUUCGUCUGCUCGUCGUGAUGCCGUCGUGAAAGCUGCCCAUUCUCCGUUUUUGCAGCCCGGCCGCAGGGGCUCCAGCUGCGGCAACAGGGCGGGGAUUCCUGUUUCCUGUGGAGAAAACCGACUUGCGCAAUGCCUCAGCUCUGUGUCGCGACUCGCGAAGACGCGGCAACGCGUGUAA